AUGAUGUUUCUCAUUGCUGUUCUGUUGCUGAGUAGCUGUAAAGGCAGGAGUGCAAUUUCUCUUUGUCACAUUAAAGGAAUCCCAGAGUAUCCUUUUCUGUCCAAGGAUGGAGAUGUGACCAUUGGAGGAGCUUUUUCCAUUCACAGCAAAGUCACACCACCAGCACUUUCAUUUGCCAAGAAACCACAACCGCUAAUAUGUUCCAGUGUGAACUUGAGAGAACUCCGCUUUGCUCAAACUAUGAUCUUUGCAGUUGAAGAAAUCAACAGAGGCACUGGUUUGCUUCCAAAUGUUUCCAUUGGUUACAGGAUCUAUGACAACUGUGGCUCAACAUUAUCCUCCAUGAGAGCAGCCAUGGCUUUGAUGAAUGGACAUGAAUUGAAAGCACAGGAAAACUGCUCUGGACAAGCAGCAGUGCAUGCUAUUAUAGGAGAAUCUGAGUCCUCAUCUACUAUAGUGCUCUCCAGAGCAACAGGUCCUUUCAAGAUUCCAGUGAUCAGUCACUCAGCUACAUGCGAAUGUUUGAGUAGUAGAACAGAAUUCCCUUCGUUCUUCAGGACUAUUGCAAGUGAUUAUUACCAGAGCAGAGGACUGGCCCAGCUGGUCAAACACUUUGGCUGGACCUGGGUAGGAGCUGUGAGGAGUGACAGUGACUAUGGAAACAACGGAAUGGCCAUUUUUCUGGAUGCAGCCAAAGAAGAAGGAAUUUGUGUGGAAUAUUCAGAGAAAUUCCACAGGACAGAGCCAGAUAAACUCUUGAAGGUGGUAGAAAUUAUCAAGAAAGGAACAACAAGAGUAAUUGUUGCAUUCCUUGCUCAUGUUGAGAUGAAUAAUCUUUUGGAGCAACUCAGCCUUCAAAACAUCACAGGUCUCCAGAUGGUUGGUGUGGAAGCAUGGAUUACAGCAAAUAGUCUAGUAACCCCAAUAAGUUAUGAUGUACUAGGGGGAUCCCUAGGUUUUGCUGUAGGAAAGGCCAAAAUUGAUGGUUUUGAAGAUUAUAUUCUAAAAGAUUUCUGGCAAAAAGCUCUCCAGUGCUCAGAAACAGAGGUACACAUUUCCCAAGCAGAAGAGUCUUGCAGCAAAUAUGAAGAUUUAUUUGAGUACAAAAACUAUAGAGAGGAUAUACCCGAGCUGAGAUAUUCAAGUAACAUCUACAAAGCAAUUUAUGCAGUGGCACACUCACUGCACAACCUACUAAGAUGUACAGAACCUAAUGGCUGUGAGACGGGGCUGGCAAUUACACCCUGGCAGGUUUCAGAGGCCCUUAAAACAGUGAAUUUCACCACAGACAUAGGGGAUCAAGUGUGGUUUGACAGUACUGGAGCAGUAGCAGCCAUGUAUGAAGUGGUGAACUGGCAGCAAGGGGGCGAUGGAGUUGUGCACUUUAAGCCUGUUGGCCACUAUGAUAUAUCUCUACCUCCAGGAAAGCGCUUUGUCUUAAAUUCAGAAGGCAUUGUUUGGGCAGGUGGGCAAUUACAGAAACCAAAGUCAGUGUGCAGUGAGAGCUGUCCUCCAGGCUCUAGGAAAGCUGUACAGAAAGGAAGGCCUGUCUGCUGCUAUGACUGUAUACCAUGUGCUGAGGGAGAGAUCAGCAAUGAGACAGAUUCAAAUGACUGUCAGCAGUGCCCAGGGGACUACUGGUCAAAUGCUGAAAGAGAUAGAUGUGUUUUAAAGGUUGUUGAGUUUCUGUCUUUUACAGAGGCUAUGGGGAUAGUAUUUAUAUUUUUUUCACUAUUUGGAGUAGGAUUAACGGUACUUGUAUCCAUUCUUUUUUUGAUAAAGAAGGAUACUCCCAUUGUCAAAGCCACCAACUCAGAGCUGAGCUUCCUCCUGCUCUUCUCUCUAACAAUGUGCUUUCUUUGCUCACUUACAUUCAUCGGUCGGCCCUCUCAGUGGUCCUGCAUGUUACGCCACACAGCUUUUGGCAUCACCUUCGUCCUCUGUAUCUCCUGUGUUCUAGGGAAAACAAUAGUAGUGUUAAUGGCCUUCAGGGCUACACUUCCAGGCAGUAAUGUUAUGAAAUGGUUUGGGCCCCCACAACAGAGACUCAGUGUCCUUACCUUCACACUCAUACAGGUCCUUAUUUGUGUACUUUGGUUAACAAUAUCACCUCCAUUCCCAUAUAAGAAUAUGAAGCACUACAAAGAGAAGGUCAUUCUAGAAUGUGAUGUGGGUUCAGCUGUAGGUUUCUGGGCUGUGUUGGGUUAUAUAGGACUCCUGGCUGUCCUGUGUUUUGUGUUGGCUUUUCUGGCCCGCAAGCUGCCUGAUAAUUUCAACGAAGCCAAAUUCAUCACAUUCAGCAUGUUCAUUUUCUGUGCAGUGUGGAUCACCUUUAUCCCAGCUUAUGUCAGCUCUCCUGGAAAGUUUACUGUAGCUGUUGAGAUAUUUGCUAUUUUAGCCUCCAGUUUUGGUUUACUGUGCUGUAUUUUUGCACCCAAAUGUUAUAUAAUACUAUUAAAGCCUGAACUAAAUACAAAGAAACAAAUGAUGGGGACAAAACACCCGUGCAUCAUUAUAGAGUAA